ACGUGAUGUCGGAUAAGCGUCAGCGUGCCAGGGUCCAGGGCUCCUGGGCCAAACAACCACCAAAGCACUCUGGACCAACAGGUGCGGUCCCAAACCGCCAACCGCCCAACAACGUCAACCCUGAUGCUGCUUCUUGGGGAAGCGGGCCACAGAAAACUCCGACGACAUUUGAGUUUAACCAGCCCACCAAGCAAGUCAGAGAUGUUCCUCCAGUGAAGGUGAUAGAGCAGGCAGGUGUUCACGAGAUCAGCCGCGGGCCAGUGGGAGUGUCCAGACUGCGGCUGCUGCCUGGGUUUCUGGCCCCGGAAGAGGCUGACUGGAUGUUCAGUAAGCUGCUAGCGGAGCUUCCCUGGUCCCAGAAGACCAACUACAGGCAGGGUGAGGCGUACGGGGAGCCCCGGCUGACCUGCUGGUUUGGGGAGUUGCCAUACACGUACGCUCGCUCCACCUUGGCUGCCAACACACAGUGGCAUCCGUUGCUGUUGACCUUGCGCGCGGCGGUGGAGCAGGCGAGCGGCCGCAGCUUCAACUCACUGAUGUGCAACCUGUACCGGGACGGCCACGACAGCAUCGGCUGGCACAGCGACGACGAGGCCGCGCUGGGCGACGGGCCCAUCAUCGCCUCCGUCAGCCUGGGCGACACCAGAGUGUUCGCCCUCCGCAAGAUACCUCCGCCGGAAGAGAAUGGCGACUUCACUUAUGUGGAGCAGAUUCGGGUUCCUCUCAGCCAUGGGACACUUUUGGUGAUGGACGGAGCCGUGCAAGACGAUUGGCAGCAUCAAGUGGCUAAAGAGUACCACGACCGAGGCCCGCGCAUCAACCUGACCUUCAGAACUAUGUUCCCAGAGCUGGAGGGCCACAGGCCGGGCACCAAGCUGCGACUCACAGCCGGGCAGCCAUAAAACUCUCCCCGGAGACAGACACUCGCUAAAGGCCGAGAGGGGGCCGUGUUCAGAGGCUCUGCACUGAAGACGCCGAUCCGCACGAUGUUCGGUCCGAUGGUGGCGGCGUGAACGCGACUUAACCCCGUGAGUCCCGACUCGAGUCUUGUGAGCGUCUUCCAGCUCUGCCUGAAUUCACCCGUGAGCCGGAAUGACUCUGCAGUCGGGACCAGUGGGGAUCGUCAGAUAUCAGCGUUUUUGAGAGAAGCCAAUCAGAAGAAUUGAAGGCUGGAUAAAAAUGCCAGCUCUGCAUGUUACUGAUUUUAUUUAUUUGCUCGGCACAGACUGUUGCGUCGGUUCGUUUCAGUUCGUUUGGUAGUGCUUGGCCAAACUAACUAAUGUUCACUCAAAGAGACGCCACGUUUCUUCGAUUGUCUGGAAAGUAACUGGCCACGCAUUUAUUUUUGGAGAAAAAGCAUUUUGCUGUAGAUAUGAGAAGGAACAAGUGGCCAUUUAUUGGUCAAUUUCAGCUCAACCUUGAAUAUAUCAUGCUUACACAAGUUUUUUGUGAUUAGCAUGUGCACGGUUUUACUUUUCUGAGCACAAAACAAGUCAAUAUAGUUGCAUAUACAUUUUAAUUUCCAAUUAUGAGUUUUUGUGGUGGGAUUGAGGGAUUUUUUAGGGAUUUUCUUUUCACCAAAUUAAGUCAUUUAUCGAAAAUAACUCACAAUGCAAACUAAAUUUAGUGGUAAAGGUACAGAAGAAUCCCACAGACGUACGAAAGGAGCUUUAACGGCCUAAAAUAAACUCGGUGAACUUUUUUAAUUUGAAUGAAAGUGAUAUUGGCAAAGUCACAGAUGGAAAUAAAACAAAGUGUGGAGUUGACGAAUGGUGAUUUUGAGGUUCCUGUGAUGGCUUUUUGGUUCCUGCAUAUACGCCCUGCAUAGGUUCCAUGUUGAUUUUGUUCAAACAUGACAUGAGUGCAUCAGAUCCCUCAAAACUGUUGGCAGCUUUCCAGAGUUACUUCUUUCUUUUUUUGAAGAAGAUUUCUUUAUUUUGCUUCCUAUUCCAUGAAUCUAAAAUUGCAUAAAUUUAGUAAAGCGCUCAUGUGACAGUCUGUUUAUUCUGUAGCACUAAUAAGCUGUUCUUGAUUGCCGUUGUUCUGAAAUAAACGAAUACAUUUCUGAA